AUGAACUUCCAAUCACGCGUAUCCUCAACCAUCGUUCACGAACUCCUCUUCGCCGACGACUGCGCCCUCAACACCACCCCGGAAGAGGACAUGCAACGGAGCAUGGACCUCUUCUUCACAACCUGCGAGAACUUCGGCCUGGUCAGUAACACGGAUAAAAAGGUGGCCCUGCAUCAACCGCCACCAAACGCAGCUACUCUUCACAAUGCACCUCGGAUCAGCGUGAACGGAACCCACCUGCAAGGGGUGGGCAACUUCCCGUACCCGGGCAGUAACCUCUCCCGCGGCACCAAAAUUGAUGACGAAGUCACCCGCAGGAUUUCGAAGGCCAUUCAAGCCGUCGGUUGCCUUCAACGUACAGUUUGGAAUCAUCAUGGUAUCCAACUCAGUACGAACCUGAAGAUGCACAAUGUCGACAUCUUCCCGGCGUUGCUGUACGGAGCGAAGACUUGGACGGUGUACACGAAGCAGGCACGCCGGCUGAACCAUUUCCACCUCAGUUUUCUUCGCCAUAUCCCGAGGCUGAGGUGGCAGGACCGAAUCCCCGACACAGAUGUACUGGAACGGACGGGAAUUAUCAACAUCUACACUAUGUUGGGACAACUACAACUGCAUUGGGGCGGCCAUCUAGUGCUGAUGGAAGACGAGCGGCUACCAAAUCGACUCUUCUAUGGAGAUGUCGCCACAGGUUCUCACCGGCAAGGAGGCCAAAUCCGCCGCUACAGGGAUACUCUGAAAUCCUCCCUGAAACAUCUGCAAACCAGUCCGACCAACUAG